CUCAGAGUACCAGCCGUGGACAAUUGCCAGACCUCCAAUUUAAAAAAAAAAAAAAAAAAAGCAUAAAACUUAUUUGAGCUCUCAAAUUAAUGAAAUUCCCCCCUUUAUUGAAUUAUUCCAGCUCUUAAUCAAGCAGUGUCUGAAGUUGACACUGUAGCUUUAGUGUGAUCCUGCCGGCCCGGGACUGGCGAACCGACAUUAGAUUGAUGUUCACCGCGGCGGUACACAAGAGAUCUGAACACCAAGUUUUACAUUAGAGCGCCGUGAUUGAUCGUACACUUGCGCAGAAAAGAAAAAUACUGGUGCAGAAAAGCAUAACUUAUCCUCAUUACCAUCCUAAUGUCCCAUCAUGGCCACGCUGUGAAAGAUCAUUCAUCACCACGUGUAAGCAACCAUUUUGUCUCUUGUGCGUGCAUUUCCAGUGUUCUACAGUAGAAUUAUGCGCCGGUGAUGUUCGCGCAACACAGCUAAUGUUGGCGAGCCACCUGCGCGCUGUGUUUACUUAUAUUCUGCUGCUGUGGUGUGUUGUUUUUUCCGGUCCGUUUGCUCCCUGUUUACUCGUCUGUUUUGUUAAAGUCGUCCUGAUUUAAUCUCACAUUUCAUCUGACAUUUUGUCGAAACACUUCACUCCACCUCUCCAACAACUUUACAGAAGUGUCAGGUUUUCUUUCCUUGAAUUGACUUGUUUAAAGCGUUCACCAAAGAGCCUUUGAAGCUACACAAUGCCUCGUCAUCUGUAUGAAUGGUUCCAUUACUCCAGGGCAGGUUCCUAAAAGAGAAUCUCUUCUGGCAGGAAGCGUCUUGAUCAAAGCGCGUCAACGUUCCACUCGUCUGUUCUUUGUUUGCUGCAUUGAUUAUAUUUCCUCAAGUGCAGAGAUGAAGGCAGUCGUUUGUCAUGACUUCCUUUAAACCUGCAAUAAUUCAAUACCUUCCCUCUCUACUUAUCAAAUACCUCCAAUACAAUCAGGCCGACGCUGAUCUGUUUUUCUAGCAUCCAUCCAUUUAGCUAAUGCACCUUUCUACAAACCGGAUUACUUUUUGUUUGUGUCAUUAGAGUUUCAGACAACGGACGCAUUGUCAGUCUUGAAUAAUUUACAAGAGGCGGAGGGAUCGUUGCCCUACCUGCUGGUGUUAUGCGGAGACCACGGCAUGUCGGAAACCGGCAGCCACGGCGGCUCCUCGGAGCCUGAAGUCAACACACCGUUGGUGCUCAUAAGUCCGGCCUUCAAGAGGAAAGCGGGGAUGGAGAAGCCCGGAAUCGUGGAGCAGGUUGACCUGACCCCCACGCUGGCCCUGGGACUCGGCCUCCCUAUAUCUCAGAACAGCGUCGGCCGUAUCAUCCCGGGUGUCAUGGAGGAAAAUUCAGUGCGAGACCAGCUGCGCUUCCUGCAUCUCAAUGGCCACCAACUCAGCUGCCUGCUCAAAGACAGCAUGCCUGACUACCAGAAAGAGGUCGGCUUUGAAAACUACCGUGUGGCAGAGCGGGCGCAUGGCAACUGGAUGAAGCUCUACCUGGAAGGAAACACGUCAGAGGUGCUGGGCAACAUGGGGAAAAAAGUCCUGAAGCAAUACCUGGAGGCGCUGGCAGCCAUGAGCUCAGCUCUCAGCAAACAGCUGGGCAAGUACGACAUGUACUCCAUGAUCGUCGGGUUGGUGUUUGUCUUCCAGUUGCUGCUGGUGUUGCUGCUGGCCAUGCCUGAAGCGCUGAGCGGGGCAGCAGCAGUGGACAUCCCCAUCCUCUCCGCCCUGCUGUCCCUGCCUUUCUACCUACUCUGCCUGUUCCUGGCCUCCGUGCACGUCCUGGUGUGCACCUCUGCGGGGAACACUUGUUUCUUCUGCAGCCUCUCCUGGGGUCUGGUGUUUGCUGCCGUCGCGUUCUCCUCUGCAAUGUUCUGUAUUCUGGUUUCUAUGGUUGCACGGCGGCUCCCCGAAGGACCCAAGAUUCAAGGGAAGUCUCCGGUCCAGAGCAGCGGAAGUGAGUGGUCACUCUCAGAGCUGGACGUCCUUCUGCUGGCCGGCACAGUGGCUCACACCCUCAGCCUCGCAGCCAGCAGCUUCGUCGAGGAAGAGCACCAAACCUGGUACUUCCUGCUCAGCACGCUCUGCGUCGCCGUCUUCCAAGACGUCUGCCGCAAAUACUUCAGCGAGAAGAGGAGCGAUGGCGAGGAGGACGAAGAGGAGCGCUUGCUUCCUUCCAAAGAUUAUCUCCCCUCGGCCUACCACAAGACAGAGAGGAACUCAGAGAAGUGGUUAGCUUUAGCCACGCCGCCCUUCGUCCUGCUCUGCUGUCGCCUGCUGCGGUCCCUUAACCAAACCGGAGUCCAGUGGGCUCACCUUCCUGAUGUAGGACACUGGCUCAACAGCUCGGAACACAAGACGGUUCUGUCCCUGCUGGCUGCCUUCUGCCUGGUUCUCAUCUACCUCCUGGUUCAAAGGCGUUGCUCCUGGGUUUCCAAAGUUGCGCUAGCCCUCGGACUUGUGGGCGUCUACAGCUACCGGGCUGCUGUCGGCAACGUCAUGUUCCCGUGGCAUCAGUCCAGUCGCAAUGCUUCCAAAGGAACGGUGGAGGCCCGCUUCGUCUACGUCUUCGUCCUGGGCAUCCUCUUCUCCGGCACUAAGGACUUGUUGCGCUCCCAGAUCCUCACAGCGGAUGCAAAGUUGAAGAGCAGAGGAUUGUGGGAGAUCUACAGUGGCCUGGUUCUGUUAGUGUCGCUGUUGUUCCGGGCCCACAACCUGCCGGUGCUCUGCUGCAGCCUCCUGAUCCAGACGCUCAUGACCCAGUUCAUCUGGAAGAAGCUCCACUACGACGCAGCCCAGACCACCAUCAUGCACUACUGGUUUGGACAGGCCUUCUUCUACUUCCAGGGAAACUCCAACAACAUCGGCACCGUUGACAUUUCGGUGGGCUUCGUCGGUCUGGAGAGCUACGUGGAGGCGCCGGCCGUUUUCCUGACCGCGCUCAGCACCUACGCCGGCCCGCUGCUCUGGGCCUGCCACCUGGUCUGCUACCUCAGCUCCGAGAGAAGCCGGAGUCCAGUCUCUGUAGGUCACGGUUGCUACUGUUUGGCUCUGCUGCGGUCCAUUCCCGCCGCCGCCUACGUCGUCCUGGUGACCGUCCUGCGCUACCACCUCUUCAUCUGGAGCGUCUUCUCCCCCAAACUCCUGUACGAGGCCAUGCACCUGCUGCUGACCGCUGCGAUCUGUCUCGUCUUCAACAUGAUGGAGCAAAGUCCCAGCUCCGGCUCGGAGUAGACCCCACAACCUCUGAUGACAAGGGGGCGAAGCAGUGAGUCGUCCACCCAAACUCACCCGAGGUCCAGAUCACUGACCGAACCCAGCAGCCACGGCAGAAACGACAAACUGGACGUGAAGCCUCUUUGUUUGCUGUGAUGUCAAAGUCUUCGCAAGGACGACGCGUAACGCUCCCAGCCACUGGAAUUUCAAUGUCCCCCGAAAGACAGAGGAGAUUUCUGGAUUUACAUUGGAAUGUGGAGAAGUCAAACCGCAUUGUCUGUCGAGUUGCAGUGAGGCGGAACUGGGGAAACAAAUCUUGUCUUGUUUAACACAGAUUUGCUGAAUAUUUUUUUAUAUAUUUAAGCAGUUUAUCUGGAUAUAAUUCUGAAUGAUGAAUGAUACUGUGGCUGGGUUUCUGUACUUGAAUCAGGUGUGUAUUUUUCUCAAGAAAUUUAAACCAGUGCAGAAAUGUUCGUCGGCCACUUUCUCUGGCUGGUGGGGUUUGUACCGACAACUUUUCCUAAAUAAUGAGUGUGAAUAAUAAUAAUAACAUAUUUAUAUUGUAUUACUAUUAUUUGUGAUGUUUUUCUACCAAUUCCAAAGAAACUUUUUUUCCGGUCAUUGAACGCACCGUCAGAGCUUCCUGUGAGGAAUGUUUUGUUUGAGUGUGAAGCAGCUGGGAUGAGGAUCAGCUCCCACCGAAUUUUACGCUGCUGUUACCCAUCUGAGUUGGUCAUCUCUUACUAUCAAACCUGAAACUGGUGAAUACACGACACUUCAGCUGUUGCCGUCCAAGUUUUUGUUUACGAUAGUUUAAUCCCAUUUACGGAUUAAAAUGUUCACAGUUCGUAUUUUUGAAUGUAGCCAUUAGCACUACAAUGAUAUUAAACUUGCAUUGGCUGAAGUAUCCAGCUAUGUAAUAUUUGGGUUGAAGUACUGUUUAAGGCAUGAUUUUCCACCAGAGAGCGCCACCUAGCGAACUCUAAAAAUGGAGACACUUCUUCUUCAGCUUAUCAUUGCAGCAUUCGCGCUAGCAAGAUCUGGAUCAACCAGUCGGUCCCAACUGCACAAGAACCUCUAUUCUAAACUAUUCCAAGCUUCUCAAGUUCAGUCAAGAACCUUCACUCGGUGGAGGUUUUAUGCUGUGUAAGCAAUUUUCUGGCUUCUGUCCUAAAGAGAAAUGCGCGGUGGAAAUGUAGUUUCGUCUCCUACUGAAACUACUCUUCAAUCUGUUUUUCUUUUCAUGAUGUUUUUUUCUCCAUGACUCUCAAGUAUGUUUGAGUUUUCUUUCUUCUCACUUGUGUCCACGUGUCACCUUGCUAAGUUCGCAGCAGAAAUAAA